AUGAAGAAGAUCUUCAAGGGCCAUUUGCCCUGGGACUUCCUGGGCUUUAGAAAUGCUAACGCUGAGAACCAAGAAUGGCACAGGUACCUCACGGGCUACAUACCUGUGAAGAAGAUACACAAAGCUGCAAGCAUGGGAGACAUAACCCAAGUGCAGAGGAUGCUCGAAUUUGGGGAUGUGGACGUGAAUGUUACAGACCGGAAGAAAAGGACUGCUCUGCACUACGCCUGCGCUCACGGCCAGGCUGAAAUGGCGACCCUCUUGCUAUGGUAUGAAUGCAACAUUGAAGCCCGAGACAGCGACGAAAGUACAGCUCUGAUCAAGGCAGCACAGCGCCAGCACGAGGCAUGUGUAAAGGUUCUCCUGGAAAAUGGUGCUGACUCAAAUGCCAUUGAUGCAGAUCAAAACACGGCUCUCCACUAUGCGGUCUACAACAACAGCACCUCCAUAGCUGCUAAACUUCUGGAGUUCAGAGCAGACACUGAAAUUAAGGCAAAGAAUGGCUACACACCGCUUAUACUGGCAGUGCUGAAAAACAAACUGGAGAUGGUGGAGCUGUUGUUACGGGGCGCGGCCAAUAUAAAUGCCCUGGAUAACUACAAGAGGUCUGCCCUCAUACAUGCUGUGAGAGCUCAGUGUAGAGACAUGAUCGGCUUUCUUCUCCAGCAAGGUGCAGAUGUGUCUUUGGUGGAUGUCUACGGGGCAACUGCACAGAGUUACACUGGUUUUGAAACCUUUCAAGUGCUUUCCAAAGGCCCCAGUUCUACAACAAGAGAGGACAGAUACAGUUCUGAUGCCAAGGAAGACUGCUUAUCCUGUGCACAAUCCACCCAGGAUGGGGAAAGGAUGGCACAAUCGCCAGCGAGGGAGGAGGGCAACAGAGGCGCAGCCGACAAGCUGGGGAGCCAAGUUACUUUAGAAAACCAAGAGGAGGAGCUUGAGCCUUGUGAAGACUGCAGUUCAAAAGCAGAUACAUGUCCUGCAUGCUACUCUAAAGCAAGCCUCCCCCCCACACCUAGAACUUCCAAGUCCACAGCAGAAGACGAUGAAAAUAGCGUCAGCUCCAAGAUGAACUCAGGCCUGUGCAGCAGAAGCCCUCCUCACAACUCACCUCCACUUGUUGGGGACUCCACCCCUGACACAUUUUCAGGAUGGACAGAAGCCUUCCCUACCAAACAUGAAACUGCAAAAAUGAUGACCAAGAAACUCCUGGAAGAAAUCUUUCCCAGGUACGGGAUGCUCCAGGUCCUGGGUACUGAUAAUGGGCCCGCCUUCGUCUCCCAGUAUCAGAAGGAAAGCCCACAAAGCCGUCCUCCCCCUUUGCAUCUGGAGAAAAUGUCUGAAGAGCCCGAAAUAAACAAGAAAUCUGAUGGAGAGGGUGCGCCUGUCCAUCUGGAAGUUCCUGCAGUGAAAGCCCAUGAGAAAGCGUCCAUCACUCGAGACCUAACAGGGAACAAUGGAGAGCCAGACAAACACAGCUGUGAGUUACAGCACACAGCUAGGGAUGUGUUUGAAAAUAUCCGUCCUGACAAAGAACCACUUCCGGCAUUUUACAAACGCAUUGGGUACAGAUGGAAUAGUGUACAUGUUUCUGGCUCAUGUAUGAAAGAAAUAAAGAAAACUGGAAGGGAAACACGGACCCCCAGACAACCCGUGAUCACACCCGUAUUUGAGUCCCUUCCAGAAGCUGCUGGCCUGCUGCCGGUGAAGGAAGGCCACCAUCUGAGUGAAAUGGGUCGGGAUGAAGGAAGGCUGACAAAGAGACAAGCUAAAGAGAAGCACAAGCAUCCCAGUGUCCGCAUCUGGUCACCCCAGGACGUCCACUGCAGCAUCCCAGUGUCCGCAUCUGGUCACCCCAGGACGUCCACUGCAGCAUCCCAGUGUCCGCAUCUGGUCACCCCAGGACAUCCACUGCAGCAUCCCAGUGUCCGCAUCUGGUCACCCCAGGACGUCCACUGCAGUAUCCCAGCCCACUGUGCAGGGAUGAGCAAUGGAGGGGUGCUACAAACCAGGGAACAGAGGAACAAGCUGAACAGGGAGACCCAAGUGUGCACUUGGAAUGUAGACCAUGAUUCUUCAGGAGCCUUCCCCUUGCCUGAGACAGAGAAAAUGGAGAGGAUGAAGGGAAUCAAAGGAGACCCUGAGUUGAUGGAAACCCAAGUAAAUCAAGUCAAUGAAAUGAAAGAAGCCAACAGCCGAAGUCAGCCUUCUGCGACAGCCGCAGGAAAUGACUCUAGCAGCCUGCUGAAACUCUGGAAUAUGAUUCAUUCGUAUGAAAGACUGAUGGAGCUUAAGAACAGCCACUGCGAACUGCUUACAAGAAAACUUGAGAACAUGGGAAACAGGGCUAGCGGAGUGCAGAGAGAGCAGACGGAAAUAAAAUCCUGGUUCCCCUUGAAAUCAGGUGAGAAGCAAGAACAUGCUGAGUCUAUGUUUCAACAAAAGAAGAUGCAGCUGAGCAGAAGAGAGGAGCAAUGUGGUGAAAAUGUGGAACAGACGCAACACUCAGAAAUCGGGAAAAUGAUUGCAGAUGCAAAGGCCAUAGAAAACGAUUUGAGACAGCUCUACAAGCUGAGAGAAACUUGGGAAACUACAUAUUACACGUAUCUACACACGGUUGUAAAGCUUCAGUUCAUUGAGCAGGAGCUAGCAGCGAUAAAAACAGAACAAAAGAAGCGCGGACGCCUCCUCGAGAGCCACAAGAACUUUGAAGAAGAAGUUCUUCACUGCAGAAGCUGGAUGCGGGAGCACGCGAUCCAAGCAAGAGAUCAAAACAAAACUAAGGAUUUAAGAGAUGCGGAUGAAGUGGUCACGAUAGGUGGGAUGGAACUCAGAAUUAAGACCCUGGAAUCUCAGCUGGAAUCCACGAGGGGAGCUCAGCGCAGUCUCCGGGAAGGAGACUCCGAGCACCGAGCACCGCUGUGCUGGAGAGCGGCCUGUGCAGUGACACAGCCCCUGCUAAGAGAGCUGGGCGAGCAAGCCAGCCCGAGUCCUCGGAAAUAG